AUGUCUCUCUUAGCUCUGGGUCGCAAUGGGCGAUCCCAGGCGGGAGCAGAGGCCAGUGGCCUCGAUUCUCUGAUGGGCUGGGCCUACACUACGAUCGAGUUCACGUUAUUCCUCUGGUCGAUCGCCGUGGGCCUCGCUUAUGACGGUCUUGCAGCCCUUCUCACUAGCCGGGUCUACCGUGCCGGGGCUGGGGCAGUCCUCCUCUACCUGCUGGGUACCACCCUGAUUGAGCUGGUGACAAGCGGUGACGGGGGACCUGAGCUCCUCUUCUUCCUCAGGAUGGGCGUCUUCGUCUACUGUGUCGGCUAUCAGGUUCGCGCACUCUGUGACUACACCCCUGUCCGCGUCCUCCUCCUCCUCAGUGGAGGGUACCCCUUGUUCCGCCACGGGGCGGCGGCGAUUGCCGAGCCGUUCCGGGACUACGCGGCGAUGGGCCCUUAUGCAGGUGUGCUCCUCACCUUCUCCGCCAUCUACCUCGCCACGCGCUCCAUGGGGCGGCACGUUGGCUACUUCAUGGACACGUACAUCAAGACGUACGUGCUUGAGACCCAGAUCGAUUCCCUGCUCCGCCGAGUCCGUGGAGGCGGUGCUCAUGCUGACGAGCCUUCAGAAGAGUCGGUCUCCCUCCUCCACGCCUAUCUCCGAGCCCGCGGUGGCCUGCUUUGCACGCUUUCCGUCGCCGUUUACCAGUACGGCCUUGUCAUGAUCCCGCUACUAGUCCUCGGGGGGCUCGGGGGAGUCGGCGCUGUUUGCCCUUCGUGUGGCAGCUCGAUCGCAUCCUGCACCUACGACACAGAUCAACGGUGCCCGACCAUCACCAUUGUCGCGACCAACGCGUCGGCGAUGGCAGGCGUCGGAGUCGUGAGUACCGUCACUCUUGCCACCCUCAUCCGGCCGCGCUACCUGCGCAUCUUUGGGACGAACGCCCUUCAGGCCCUUGUGGCGAUGCGCCGCCGCCCAGCCGCGGGCACGCCCUUCUCCAUCACUGCCGAUACCUCCAAGGGCGAUAUCGUCCAGGCCAUCUCCGCCGGACGCAUCUGCCAGAUGGAGGCAUUCGAUCCCAAGGACCAUUGGGGCGUUCGGGACUUUGAUGUCUCGUUCGUCGACGGGUUGAGGGGCAUGUGGGUGCGCUUCCGGAAGAUCAAGCAGGAUCAGCUGCAGGAGCGCCCCGAGGCGAGGGAAGGGGCCGACUGGUCGUUUGUUGGCGACGUCCCCGACCCAGAGUACAGCAUCGUCACGUGGUUUGUUCGGCUGAUGCAGUUCCACAUCCGGCGGCCCCACACGCCCGGCCAGCCACGCCCGCCGACCGAGUGUUUCUUCCUCGAGGACCUCGAUCGGCGUCGGCCUCUCAUCUACAACGUUGCACUCGGGCGUUUCAAGGAUCUCCAGCUGCGUGCCGGCGUUCCCGAGGAUGAUUUGUAUGCCUUUCAUGGGCUACGCGUCCGCGGCUACAAUGGCACUGUCUGGAAGCUCGGCGAGGCGGUCGCUCAGGCCCAUGGGCUUUGGAAGAGCGAGGCGCACAAGCGCUACCGGCGUUUCAAGAUGUCGCUCGUCGCGCGCAUCCCUGCUGCAAUCUGGGAGCUUGUCGAGGGCGAGGAGGAUGACGCUGACGAGGGCGGCGACGGGGCCGACGACCAGGAGCCGGACCCCCAGCCUCGCGCCGCGCCUGUCGUGCGCGCCACUCGGGCGACGCUUCGGACCACGGGGGACGACGCCGCUCAGCGGGCAGCCAGUGCGCCUCCCGUUCGCCCGCCCCCGCCCCCCGUCGUCGCCGUUGAGGGGAUGGCCGAGGGCGAGCCUUUGCGGAUGGAUGACAUUCUACUUCCUCCGGGGUGGUCGUCCAGCAGUGAGGGGGGUUUCGUUGGUCCAGAUGGGCAGCAGGCCCCAAGCCGCGAUGCGGCGUGGGGGGCCGUCAUUGGCAGCGUCGUCGAGUCGUCGGCAGCUGCCAUCCAGCGUGCUCUGCGCCAGGAUUCUUGA